AAGACAAAGACGAGGGGAAAUUUAUGGCAAGUGUGGAGUGACACAACUACACAAAUAACAACUGUUACUACAAUUACCACAACAGCCAAUAAUAACAAGAGUAAUAUGAGUACACAUCAUAAUGGGCCAUGUGGACUGGUGGAUAUGAGCCUUUGCGUGGAUUUCCGAUGCAAGCGGUGACCACGGAGAGCGAACUUAUCUUGACGUGGAGAACAGAGGAAAUUUCUGUUGUGUUGGGAAGAGGACAGAGAGAAGAGGAGGACAGGGUUGUCAUCAGUUCGUCUUGUCCAUCAAUCUCGUGAUUAAACUCAAGGCCACCAAAAACUAACACCAUCUCAACGAACAAAAACGAAAAGACCACGACCACGAACUCACUCCGAGCAAGACAAACGAGGCAUCAAGUUGAAGACACCUAAGAGGAAGAAGAAAAGAUGACGUCCGGACUCAACAGACAGGCUUCCUCCUCCACGCAGUCUUUGCCACCAGAACCUCUGGACAUUGCACAGAGCAAAGGUAACUCCCGGCGAGUUCGCCUCAAUGUGGGAGGCCUCACCCAUGAGGUGCUGUGGCGGACCCUCGAGCGGCUGCCCCGCACAAGGCUCGGCCGCUUACGUGACACGAAUGCGCACGACACCGUCAUGGAACUGUGCGAUGACUACAGCCUCGCAGACAACGAAUACUUCUUCGACAGGCACCCGGGGGCCUUUUCCUCCAUCCUAAACUUCUACCGCACUGGCAAGUUGCACAUGAUGGAGGAGAUGUGCGCGUUGUCAUUCAGCCAGGAGCUUGACUACUGGGGCAUCGAUGAGAUCUACCUGGAGUCUUGCUGCCAGGCGAGGUACCACCAGAAGAAGGAGCAGAUGAAUGAGGAGCUGCGGAGGGAGGCAGAGAGUGCCCGUGAGCGCGAGGCCGAAGAGUUCGACGCCACAUGCUGCGCGGAAAAGCGCAAGAAGCUCUGGGAUCUCCUGGAGAAGCCCAAUUCUUCUGUGGCGGCCAAGAUGCUCGCCAUCAUCUCCAUCCUGUUCAUCGUGCUGUCCACGAUCGCGCUGUCGCUCAACACACUGCCUGAGCUGCAGCACAAGGACGAGUACGGCCACUUCACGGACAACCCGAGCCUGGCGCACGUCGAGGCCGUGUGCAUCGCGUGGUUCACCACCGAGUACAUGCUGCGCUUCCUCUCCUCGCCCAACAAAUGGAAGUUCUUCAAAGGCGCUCUCAACGUCAUUGACCUGCUCGCCAUCCUGCCCUACUACAUCACCAUCUUCCUCACCGAGUCCAACAAGAGUGUGCUGCAGUUCCAGAAUGUGCGUCGCGUCGUCCAGAUCUUCAGAAUCAUGAGGAUCUUGAGGAUCCUCAAGCUGGCUCGCCACUCAACGGGCCUCCAGUCGCUGGGCUUCACGCUUCGCCGCAGCUACAACGAGCUCGGCCUGCUCAUCCUCUUCCUCGCCAUGGGCAUCAUGAUCUUCUCCAGCCUCGUAUUCUUUGCCGAGAAGGACGAGCAAGACACCAAGUUUAAGAGCAUCCCGGCAUCCUUCUGGUGGGCAACCAUCACCAUGACCACGGUGGGCUAUGGGGACAUCUACCCACAGACACUGCUCGGCAAGAUCGUGGGUGGCCUUUGCUGCAUCGCGGGCGUGCUCGUCAUCGCGCUGCCCAUCCCCAUCAUCGUAAACAACUUCAGCGAGUUCUACAAGGAACAGAAGCGGCAGGAGAAGGCGGUGAAACGGCGUGAGGCGCUCGAGCGAGCCAAGCGCAAUGGCAGCAUCGUGUCGAUGAACUCUAAGGAGGCAUGCGCCCGUGGCCUGGAGCUGUCCGACAUGUCUCAGCGCCACGGCUCCAGCAUCGAGGUGCACAAGGAGAAGGAGGCCGAUGCUCUGCUGCAGCAGCAGCGCUCGCCAGGCCGCUGGAAAUGGGGGCGUCGCUCUGUGACCUCCCUCGUGGAGACUGGCUCAGUCAAAUCCCUCGAGCUCAAGACGAGCGAGUCACCCAGCCCGCGGGAAAAGCGGGCUACGGAGGCGACCGAUAACGUGGAGGCGGCGGCUGCGGCAUCGACCGACUUUGCUGGCACCACCUCGAACCCAGUGCCCGGAGACUCACAAAGGCUGAGCGUGGAGCGGUUGGAGGAGAUGUUCGACGAGAUGGCAAAGUCUCGGCCCCCCGUGGACCCGAUGACCCUGUCCGCGAGCUCGGGGGAGCGGCCUCCAAUGGUCGCAGAGGGGCGGACGGGCCCGCUGCCCACCGUCUCCUCGGACUUGCACUUCCAGGGGCUGACAGGCAGCAUGGGCAGAGAGCAGCACCCAGAGAUGCGAAGCUUCUCCAGCGUCGACAGCUUCACAAGCUGCACCUCCGAGUUCCUGGACAGCGACCGCCCACUCAGCUUCAUGUCCGGCCUGUCCGAAGUGGCCGGCGAUCCACGGCCCAAGCCCCUGCCCAUUAUCAGCGAGUGCGGCAAGGGCGUCACGCCAUGGACCAAGCUGCCGGCAGGGGUGCGGUCCAGCUGGCACGUCGGCGACGCGCACACCCCGCUCCAGCGUCAGCAGCACCACAAGGCUCCUUUUGGCAGCGCUCAGAGAGAGGCCUGCGGCAGCAUCAGGAGCCGCCCCGUGCAUCCUGCUGCCGCCACCACCGCGGCGAAUCCGUGGAGCAACAAGGGCUGGAGCAGCCUGGCGGAGCUGAGCACGCAGCCGCUGGCACUGGGUGCCGUGGGGAAGGGUCUGUCUGGGUCGUCCCUCGGUGCCACGCAACCGGGCGGAAAUACGGCCGAGGCAGCCGCGAAGCAGCCCAACUCUGGCAUGCUGCCGUCGAGGGAGAAUGACGACAACAGCGCCGGCGGCACUGGGGACGGUGCGGCGAGACCGUCCAGGUCCCACUUCUGCGACGACGGCGGUGCCGUCCGGGAAACCCGCGCGGCCUCCCAGGGAGAAGCCAACCACGUGGAGGCGGCGCUGCCUCCGGCCACCGCCCGCCGCUUCGAUGGCCACGUCGCGGAGCCCGGGUAUGGACAGAACCACGUGCGCGCCACGUCGGCGCCGCUCGAUCACAAGGUGCUCCUGGCGCCGGAGGGAGACGCCACCGAAGACGCAGACGCGCUGUCAACCGUGUGCGAGACCAGCAUGUGAGAGCGCCCCCCUUCCACCCAACGCGGGACGUGAAAACCAACUCGGCGAGUGGUGGUGCCACGCGACUAGCCGGCGGUGUAGAGAAGCUGAAUCGUCGCCGCCGUGCGUGGCGGGCGGUUGGUGCCGUACCGGCCGAGUGUGCGGAAGGUGCCGUGUGGGGCGAGGGUGUGGGAGGUGCCGUGUGGGGCGAGCGUGCGGGAAGUGCCGGCGCGGCUGGAGGAGCCGGCAUGAUGGGUGCCAUUACGCGGCACGCGCACUGAUAGUCCAAUGAGACGCGAGAGCCCUUCCUGGGAACUGCCCCGGAGGAUGCUUUUGCUGGUGUUUUUCUCCCAUCUUCAUUCAAUUAUUUUUGUAUCCAUUCUGUUAAAUUCAGGGAUACAGACAAACGGUGGGCAUUAUAUUAUGGGCAACCGGGUAUCGUUCGGUUGGCUGCCGAUGCGAAAGAGGAAACGGCAAUGGAUGACUACAGUGGCGGAAAUAAAUUGUGUUUAAUUAAUCUUUAAUUCAUCUUACAAAUCCUGUGCAGUGAGCCGAUUCCGAUGAAUUAUCCCCGAAGUAAGACUGAGAGUGGUGUUUUCUGAUGGGAGGAUGGCAUCUUCGCCUCCCAAUAAGGCACGUAAUGUUGCCCGAUUACCGGCUUAAUCCUCGGAAACGCACGCCACCACGAUCCGUGCGUGGUUCCACGGUGCUGGAAGGGAAAACCUCUCGGGAAUUGAGAUAAUUAUUGGCACGCUAAUAAAGCUCGCAGCGAACAUUACGAGUUGCCGCUGUUGUCGCCCGCGUUUGUUUGUUUCACACUUGAGGAUGCUUAGUUUUGUCGCGACAUGCCUUUUUGCUGGUUUGGAAUGACAACAGCGUGCAAUAAUCCGUCCCGUCAGGAGGAAUAAUCGACACAAAAAACCUACUCCAGUCGCACAAAACUCACAAGCAGAAUGUAAACACUUUACUUUCAUACUUUUAUCAGCGGAGCUGCAAAUUAUGCAUAUGUAAAUGGGACAUUUGGGCUUUUUGUGUUGGUUUGUUUCAUUUCAUUAGCUCCGCAGAGAUACGCCGAAAACAAGCUUCACAAGCAUUUGCACCGCCUCUCCCGAUGGUCAUCCCUAGCCAUCGCCGGCAGCGGAUGGGAAUGAAAAUUGACCAGAGCAAGCAGCCAGCGAACAGCCCUCUCCUCUUCUCAUUCCAUUCCUCAUCAGACAAAAAAGGAAGCACUUUGUGGAGGAUACGUUUCAUAAUGAACGAGAGUGAACGGCAAAUGGAAACGCUUCCCGCAAGAUCUUCCCAGGAGCCCAGAUGAUCGGGUCCUGGAUAUCGGCAUGCUCGCUCUGUUACCACAAUGGUGGUUCAUCCGAAUACCAGUCGCAACGGGAGGUCCUGUAACAUCGUUAAAGUAUCAAUCUCAUGCAUUGCUAAUGCUCGCUUUAAAUACUAGUUAUAAUGGUGUAGAAUGCAUCAACUGCCCUCCACAAACACACACACUGGUGCUCAGUCAUUCAGAUGCAUACACACACAUGCAUCUGUAUUCUCUAUCAUACAUGUACACACAUAUACUCACACUCGCAUUCGUGCGCGCUACCCCUCGUUUCGUCUCGACCCCUCCUCCCCUCCACCAUCUCACACUGACCUAACGACCAUUUCCAUGGUCGCUUCACCUUCACAACCGUUCACCGUAACGGCGGAGACGCGAGGCUCUGGCACCCGGCUACGAAAACAAAACAACUGACACCACAGACGCUUAGAUCCACGCGCAGGUUCCUUUCCGUUUGUAACGAUUUUUUAUUUUACUUUCCAUGCCCCCACAACAAAGCCGCCCCCUGAUCCGAGUAUGCUAAUCAUACGUCCCAUCCGCCUGUGGUCUGCUCACGGUUCACCUCGCCCAUCGCUUGCCGAGCUCUUGUCGAGACGACUCCGAUAACAGUGGCGGUGGUUGUGUUUCUUGGGGUGGUGUUUAUGCUAAUAAUGGUGGUGGUCAUGGUGGUGGUGAUGAUGAUGCUGUUGUGAAUGCCAAAAGAGAAAACUGAACAAAAAGGUAAAACAAAAAAUCCUGCCAAAUGUAAGGGGUAGGAGGAGUACACGAGGCCACCACCCCUGACCGUGACCCCAACCCCAGACCCAAACUGCACUGCCAACAUAAACGUUAGCCCAACUCUUGAUGCUAACUAGCUAAGCACACAUAUCCAGUAGCUCUGCCGAGAGCCUAACCACGACAGUCAACUCGACUCUACACCUGCUCCCAACCCUAACCACAAUAACUAGAUACCACCUCUAAACACAAUCGCACUCUACCCAAACGCUUGCCCUCACCAGUAACCCGAAACAGCCCCAAGCACUGGCCCUACCCAUAACCCUAACCAUAGCACUUAGCACGCUGGCCAAGCAGCCCCAAACAGUACUCCUAUUUCUUACCUCAACCACACUUGCUGACAUAACUCUCUCGUCCUAAGCACACGAACCAACUAGCCUCUAAGAUGAGACCAGCCCCGAACCCUACCCACACUACCGGCCGUCUGGGACGCUCUUCCUUCCAAUAUUAGGAAGCCACUGGAGGUAUGCACUUUUACAUCUACAUUGAGAACUCAAUUCUUUAGAACUGCGUUUUGUGUUUAAUCUAGUGUCCUUCCCCCGCACCUGAUUAGCAUGGUUGGCUACGUACGGUGUGAAAGAAGUGCAACAUACAUACACGGAACCAGUCCCCAUCACUGGCCCUACCUCUGAAACCAUUCCUAUCACGAGCCCCACAUCGGGGCUCUGCGCAAUCCCCUUGUCCGUUUUUAUUCUCUUUUCAGGUUUAGUUUUUACAUCGCUGGGAUGAAGGGAUCAUUGUAACCAGGGCAGAGUGGCUGUGACAGGAGUGACACCGCCGUGACCUCGUACACAGAUAGGCGGUGAAGACUUCUUACCCCUCGCCAUAAUGCAGUUGUGAAGUCUGCAGACUUUUACGACGUGGUAAUGACAAACUGUAAACCAAUAACAGCAGCCACAACAAAAUACAGCUGCGAUGCGCAAUUAACGACAUGUAAUGGGCAAAGUGAUUUCCGACCCAAUUGAGCUGGCAGGAGUAGGUGUCUGAUAGGUCAUCUGUGCAGAGUUUUGAGUGCUGUCCCGUCGUAGGGGUGAACACAGUGGUCUCCUGCCACGCCCGAAAACUCGAGGCAAUUGGCCAAACAUCCCAAUGCAGAAACCUUGAGACACAUCAGAGGCUUUUUCCUAGAGUAACAAAAUGAAUUAUCAAACACGAGUGCAAUAUGAGCCAAUAUGAAAAUACUGGGCUGAGAAGUUACUGAUAGUAAACGGUCAUUUAAAUAAAAAAUCAGGAAGACACUGCAAAGAUUUGGUGGCCUCCAGCCAGCCAACAGAACAAUGAGAGUUGUAGCGAAUGAACGGUCCGACUCGCCUUACGCGAGGGAGGUAGCGAAUUGAAUGGAUGGCUGUGCGCGAUACGGGACACAUGGUCGGGUGCAAUAAAGUAUCGCGCGAUUAUCCGAGAGAUCGUUGACCUUCACAUAACGUGCAAGUCAACACACUUCUUGGAGAGAAGCAAGUGAUGUUUAGCCGUGUCUGUCCUUGUUUUGCCACGGCCCGUAUCAAACUAGAGCCGUGUUUUACAUACUCGUGAAUACAAUGGGCGCAGAGUGCGGGUGUACAGACUCCGAUGCGUCCUGUCUGUCUGUGUGCUGCUCGUGUCUCUGUGGGCUUGUCUCGAUGUCUCCGGUGUAGCCUGCACGUGUCCGCAUGUCUCCCUGUCCCCGUGUCACACCUUGCUGUGAUGGUGAAAGAUGCUUUGUUUUUAAGUCUUCCCAGUGCAAAUUCCAGCUGUGCCCAUGAGCGAGAAAGCCAGUUUCAGGCGGGCAGCUGCUGGUAACCCGGUUUAAUCACCACCGACAAAAUCACCGACUCCCCAUUGAGGCAAACGCAAACGUACGGCGGCGCUACGCCCGCUCGCGCACACCACCGCUCGAGCGAAUUCUCGAUGGCACUUGGUCUACUCGUCCACGUUGACCGCGCGUCUUGAAAACGUUGGGUGUAUCCACAUUUUACCUCGCCACACGCGAAUCGACUAACAGUCAUGCAUUCGUCAAUAACACUGCUUUUAAAGAAAAACAAUAUAUAUGAUAGAGACCUGGAAGAGGAUGGUCAGAGACUGUUAGGGUAUAUCUUGGAUGUUGCGUGUCGACUUUGGUGAAGUUGCGGGAUCUGGCGAAGGGGAGAGAGCAUUGGCAGCAAGGAGCUGGUGGUGGCAGCAGUGGCUGACCUCACGAUCACAUCCCGAUCUUGAUUGGUCACUUCUGGCGUGGUGGACUGCGAUUUGUCAGACCUGUCGAUUUUACAAAGUACUUAUAUUGAAAUAAACAGCACUUAUUGGAAUUAAUAUUCUGCUUGCAAAGCCAGCAAAAGUUCCCUCCAUGGCAGAGAACCGCACUUUGCGGCAGCGCACUGGUCUGCUCGUGUCAGCAAACUCGUGCAGCAGGGACCGUGUUGUCGCACCUGCAACCACUUCACGCAGCCUCCUCCCUCCUCGCUAGAUGAGUGGACGUCCCGGGAAUUUCAGCGAUGGCUUAUUCCAAUUCGUUCGUGAACUUUGCAUAAUGUGUAUAUAUAUAUCUGUCUCUACACGCGUAUUACGAUUAUUAUUUAUUUUUGCUUCAAUAUUGCGUCAUCGCUCGAGUCUCCUGCAGCAUGUUUUACCUCCGCUGCAAGGACUUCCAACGGUGGGUCUCAACCUAACCAGCGCACGCGUGCGUGCGUGCGUGGCCCUAUACAUAACCGUGACGAGCCAAGACGACCACACCACCCCUCCUAGCCCCACUCGUGGCGGAGGUGCCCCACCUCGGGAGCUCGCCAGCGCGCCAGGGCGGCGAACGGACGUGGGUCAGAACCUGAACUCUCAGCCUCAAUCACCGCUCAUCUGCAAGGCUGCUUUAGAGUCCCUGUCGAUGACUCAACUACUCACCCACCCACCCAUCCUGGUCCUUGGAGUGGUGCGAAAUAUGUUCAACCUGGCUGCUCUAUAUCACAACCUCCGUACAGGAAAGAAGUUGGUAGGGCAUCGCCCCCCAACCACAACUGGGGCAGUGCACAAUUAAACACUCGGGGAGUGGCGUGCCACCCACGCUAGACCGACAAAGCUAAGACUUGUGGGCCAAGGGCGAAACGAUGGUCGGCUCGUGGUUGGUGGAAGCAGGACAGACUCUCAUUGGCUGACAGGAGCGAGGCGACGCCGUUAGCUCGCGGCUUGUUGCGGCGUGGCACUGGGACGGGCAUUUGUGAAGCUGUUAAUUGGUAAUGCAAUGUACUAAUGAAUGUCUGAAUGUAAAGGCACAGACUAUUUAAAGUAUUAUUGUACAGAAAUGAAUACUAAAACAUACAACAGAGGCCAAUGUAUGAAACGGUAAAGGGACAAUAUGUACUAUACAGAGUGAAAUUAUUAUAGUUGUGUAAUUUAUAAUUAAACUAAUACGAUAAUUUAUAAACUGGGCAAUUACCAAUUUUGCACCUUACGUGAACCCUUCCCCCUCCCCUCUUGGUGGAUGUUCUCUGUUCGCUGUGCAUUGCUGUUCUGUUUGGGCCAUGCACGUGGACACGUGAGCUCGUGAGAGUGUCAGUGGGGAAUUUGCUUCAACUUUCUCCAUUUUUAAAAGCAAUAACGUGUUCUUUUCCCGUUUUGGCUUUCGGUUCACUGUCAAUGUGCCACUCGGCAAGGUGCAUUCCUCCUCCUUUUAACGGAUGUUGUUUCCGCGUCGUGACCCCCGUCCUCCGUCUCGUUAUAUGUGCCUGCUCGCCACGGCGUCCGUAACGCAGCGUGGACUGCCGCUGGCGAGGUUGGUUCUCCCUCGGAUCUAGGUUGAGGAGUGUAAACAAACUCCACUCCGGGUUUCCCGGCCUCGGGUGAUAACGUGUGUAGGCGGAUCGACUGAAAAAAUUUAAUUCCGAAAACUGGCAGUGGCUUCGUCCUCAUAGGUGCUUUCUCAGAGACCCAUAGGCUCACAUAGAGAUAGACUCACACAGGACUCACUCACAUACAGACUCAUACACUGACAAAGAGACCAAUAAACUCGCAAUGAGACCCACAGACGUGCAGAGACCCAUUGAUACACUUGAAUGCGCAGACAGUGGCUUCAUCAUCAGCACUUUCUAACAGAGGCUCAUCGACUCACAUAGAUACCUGCAGGCUAAAAAAAAGACUCAUAGCCUCACGCCUCACAUGCAGACCCACUGCGAAACUGUAAUGAACUGGCAGUGACUGGCCAGAGAUCCACAGCCUUUACAAAGAGACCCCUUGAGUAAUUGGCCUGCACUGGUGGAGGCAGUGGAGAACUGGUCUGGCGGAGCCCAGCAGGCGGCAUGAUGAUUACUGGACAUCUGUGAAAAGAGCUUUAUAGCUCAUCGAAUUUCUCCAGGAAAAAUAAAGAUUCUGAUUUCAGAUGGAGCAAAGGAGCAACCGCACGUGCUGGAACCAACCAAUGAUUUUUGAUUCAUACGUAAAUGGCUUCAGGUCACCCCUCCAGCCACUGGAAGUACUCGUGGGGUAACCGUGCUUAUGCGACCCGCUAGCGUCCGGAAGUUUCGUGGAGGGCUCCCUUCGGUGGAACAACCACACCAGCUCAGUAGUCCCACGGGACCACAGCCACGGCCUCCAAGGUCUAUUUCCAGGCUGGCAAGGUUUAUGAUGUCACGUUCUCUCACGUGAGGUCCAUGAUGUCACAUUCUCACGCGUGACAGCCUGAGAGCGUGGCUUUGACAGUUGGUGAUGGAGAACAAUAUUUUGGCUGGAGGGAACUCGGUCAGGUCAUCCAUCAGACACGUCACGUGUUCCUGGGUCGUGCUUCCGAGGUCAUGUCACACACCCCACUCGUGUCCGGGCUGACCAAUUAGCCGCACAAAGCAGCUAACUUGGUCAGCCAUUGCACCUUCUGUGUACGCGGCACACAUACAAUAAUGCGUGAUUUCAAUGUAAUCAUGUCAUGGAGUAAUUUAGAUGAUUUUUUGUUUAAGUUUUCCAACUAGGGUUGAAAGUGUUAAUGCUUCAUCUUGGUCUGUUUAUCUGUGUGUAGCGGGGGCUGGGGUUUGGAGUCGCAGUAAUCAGCAUCAAGUUCAUCCCAAAUGAAUAAAUCAUUUUUUUACAUAUAUAAAGCCUUGUUGCUAUUUUUGAAUUACUCUAUGCACGACUCCAAAAGUUAGAGAUCAAAACCAGCGCUUAAAGGAUAAGCCUUGUCGGCCAAGGUGAUGAAGUCAUUAUGUGUGAGGUCUCGUGGUGCGGCUGAGAGGGUAGCGUCAUUAUCGCUGAUUAAACAGUCCCGAGGACAACACGCAUGCUGACAAUCAUUACAGAACCCAUAUGCGUGAUCGGUCUUCCCGGCUGUAUUUUAUUUCAUUUAUUGUUUUUAUUUCCUGUUUGUGUUAUUAUUGUAUUUCUGUGCGUUGUAUUUUGUUACACUGUGUAAUUCAUUGUGUUUAUUCUAUUUCAAACGUCUCCCGCACCCACAAGUCCACAACCACAAUUCCACAACCCACAAAUCCACAACCAACAAUUCCACAACCCACAAAUCCACAACCAACAAAUCCACAACCAACAAUUCCACAACCAACAAUUCCACAACCAACAAUUCCACAACCAACAAAUCCACAACCAACAAUUCCACAACCAACAAAUCCACAACCAACAAUUCCACAACCAACAAUUCCACAACCAACAAUUCCACAACCAACAAGUCCACAACCAACAAUUCCACAAACAACAAGUCCACAACCAACAAAUCCACAACCAACAAUUCCACAACCAACAAUUCCACAACCAACAAUUCCACAACCAACAAGUCCACAACCAACAUGUCCACAACCAACAAUUCCACAACCAACAAUUCCACAACCAACAAUUCCACAACCAACAAGUCCACAACCAACAAAUCCACAACCAACAAUUCCACAACCAACAAUUCCACAACCAACAAAUCCACAACCAACAAUUCCACAACCAACAAUUCCACAACCAACAAUUCCACAACCAACAAGUCCACAACCAACAAAUCCACAACCAACAAUUCCACAACCAACAAUUCCACAACCAACAAGUCCACAACCAACAAUUCCACAACCAACAAUUCCACAACCAACAAGUCCACAACCAACAAAUCCACAACCAACAAUUCCACAACCAACAAUUCCACAACCAACAAGUCCACAACCAACAAUUCCACAACCAACAAUUCCACAACCAACAAUUCCACAACCAACAAUUCCACAACCAACAAGUCCACAACCAACAAAUCCACAACCCACAACCAACAAUUCCACAACCAACAAGUCCACAACCAACAAUUCCACAACCAACAAGUCCACAACCAACAAUUCCACAACCAACAAGCCCACAACCAACAAUUCCACAACCAAUAAUUCCACAACCAACAAUUCCACAACCAACAAUUCCACAACCAACAAUUCCACAACCAACAUGUCCACAACCAACAAUUCCACAACCAACAAGUCCACAACCAACAAUUCUACAACCAACAAGCCCACAACCAACAAUUCCACAACCAAUAAUUCCACAACCAACAAGUCCACAACCAACAAUUCCACAACCAACAAUUCCACAACCAACAAUUCCACAACCAACAAUUCCACAACCAACAAUUCCACAACCAACAUGUCCACAACCAACAAUUCCACAACCAACAAGUCCACAACCAACAAUUCCACAACCCACAACCAACAAUUCCACAACCAACAAUUCCACAACCAACAUGUCCACAACCAACAAUUCCACAACCAACAAUUCCACAACCAACAAGUCCACAACCAACAAUUCCACAACCAACAAUUCCACAACCAACAAUUCCACAACCAACAAUUCCACAACCAACAAGUCCACAACCAACAAUUCCACAACCAACAAUUCCACAACCAACAAUUCCACAACCAACAAUUCCACAACCAACAAGUCCACAACCAACAAUUCCACAACCAACAAUUCCACAACCAAAAAUUCCACAACCAACAAUUCCACAACCAAUAAGUUCACAACCAACAUGUCCACAACCAACAAUUCCACAACCAACAAGUCCACAACCAACAAUUCCACAACCAACAAUUCCACAACCAACAAUUCCACAACCAACAAUUCCACAACCAACAAGUCCACAACCAACAAUUCCACAACCAACAAUUCCACAACCAACAAUUCCACAACCAACAAUUCCACAACCAACAAGUCCACAACCAACAAUUCCACAACCAACAAUUCCACAACCAACAAUUCCACAACCAACAAUUCCACAACCAAUAAGUCCACAACCAACAUGUCCACAACCAACAAUUCCACAACCAACAAGCCCACAACCAACAACCGACCAAGUAAUCUCUCAAGGCGCAAUUUUCCUCUUCAAACUCCAGCCGCAAACACAGCGCCUUUGGCCUGUCACACGUGGCCACGUUAGAUCAACCACUGCUGACAUCCCAUGAAGUGGCACCGACUUAAAAUGCCCCUGGGGGGAUGGACUAAAUCCCUCUCUGACAGGGAUGUGAAAUUUCAACUUUGUAAUUGUAAGUCAAGAGCUCUUACAGCGACACCACCUUGCAGCCAGAUUAUUCAUAGAAUUACGUUGUAGUAAUAUAAUUGCUGAGGCCACCAAAGUCAAGCGUGUGUAUCAUGAAUCUAGGCCACUGCGUAAAAGCCAGGGUGGUGGUGGCUUGGGCUUGCUGCCCACACGGAUAAUCUCACAGAUUCCCCAUCACCAGUGGAGGCGCUGUCUCUUUGAUGUCCAGGCAUGUCACCAUUCUCCGAUGCACACCAUUCAAAUGUCACAAUUUCUUGUCAUUAUUUGAUUCAGAAAUCGAUUCCUUAUUUUUCUGAUUGGUCGUAGUGUCUUGUCUUCAUUGCCCAUGUCACUUGUAUUGUCUUCAUUGUGCUGUCUUUCAGAGUUAAAGUGAUUUCUGGCUCAGUUGGUACUGGGGUGGAGCUCAUCAACUGUUUACAGCCCUGAGUUAGUGGGAAUAUUCCACAUUCCUAUGAAAGGGGCGAGUCUAUCACUGAUGACCUCCCCACAAAGUGGUGCUUAUUUUAUCAACCCCAGGGGGGUGAUCGGCUGAGUCAGCCCCCAACCAAGAUUUGAACUCGCCACCAUUGGAUGCAAGCCACUGACUCUGACUCUUAGCCACUUGUUUGGUUGAGAAAGUGCUGUCUGUACCUGUCUGGUCGGUACUGUUUGUCUCAUCCACACUGCAUGUCACUGUACUGCCUCGUUCUCAUGGUCUCAUUAGUACUGGCUACACUAUGUUGUUCAUCUUAUUUGUAUUUUCUAGUUUGUCCGCUUUGUCUGCCUCGUCUGUGCGUUGGUGUCUCUUGCAAUGCUGCGUGCCGCGUUCCUUUGUACCGUGCGUCUAGUCCAUCUCGAUUGCUCUUGCACGUCUGCUCUGUAACUGUUCACCUCGUUUGUUCUGACCCUUACAGCCUCAUCACAUUUGCAUACAAUUAUAAAUGUACAUGUGGAGAUAUUAAUCUAUUCCUACAUUUCAACCUCCAAAGUCCAGCCCUAGGCAAUCAAACCUAGCUCACCAGCUACGAGCAGUGUCUGACCCGAAACCACGAGCCAACCGACUUCUUGUACAUAGCGAACAGAUUAUCACGGUUAUCUAUGUACAGUGUGAAAGAAGUUCAACGUACAUACAUAGUGAACAGGUUAAGCAAAUCCUAGCCCUACCACUUACCAGCAUGCCGACUGACCACGAGUCACAGCUCCACCACUGAUUCGAACCACAAAAGUGCCGCUUUUCACUCUUCGUUAUUUUCCCAGUGUUCAGUGUUCAUGACGCUCAAGGUAGAAUGUGCAAAUUGAGCUUCGCACUUUGUUCUAUCUCUGCCUCCUGCAGGUCAAAAUAUAAAACAAACGACAAAAUGAAAUAUUCUUAGGUUUUUUCGGUAAAGUCAAGAAUAUGAAUCCUUGCAGUCACGAAAGCUUCAAAUCUAGACAAAAUGAAAACUCAAAUAAAUUAAAGUCCCGGAUCCCUGUGGAGGGGUCACGCUGGAGGAGGUGAUGUAUCCGUGCCUGUCCCGUCUGUUUAUCUGUCGGAAUGUUCUUAUGAAGCCCUGAUGUUCUACCAAAUCUGAACUGUCAUGCUAGUGUAUGAUUAUUAAAGCUGAAUAAUGAGAAUAUGAACAUUAAAGUAUUUUUUAAAAACCAA